UUCGCACUUGCAAACUCGACUUUCCUCGAUGCUGCCAUCUUGUCUGCGCAUGCUCGCCCGCCUUAUGAGGAUCCCCAAAGCCCGCCUCCCGUCCAUGUGCUGUUCGUUGAUUGGGUGCCGGGUAUCUGUUCGCUCCCUGGCAUGCUCAUUACAAACUUGAUCGACAAGGAUAGGAUUAGAGGGGAUGAUUGUGGAGAUUCUAAUGCUGUGUGGAGGGCACGCCUUUUCCUGUUCAUUGGAUUUGCUUUCAUGGCUGGCGGCCUGGCGGGGAGCGUGUCUCUUCUCAUGGUGAUAUACAUCAUGAUGGACUACCCCGAGCAGUGUACUUACUACGGCUAUGCGAAUGUAUCGCAGAACGUAGCCUUGAUGCUGUCGGCGGUUGUGCUUUGGAUUGCACAAAGUGCGCAGACCGAAUAUGACUAUAGCCUUGCGCUUUAGUAACAGAUGCAGUUUCGUUGAUUUCUUCAGCGUAGCUGUGAAUAUGUAUCUUUCUUUUGCGACUUUCUCGCGGGGGCGGCAACUUGAGAAUCAACAUUUCGACAGACCACAAAUAUC